AUGAAAAGAUUAAGACAUCCAAAAUUAUUACAAUUAUAUGCUGUUUGUACAAGAGAAGAACCUUUUUUAAUUGUUACUGAAUUAAUGCAAGAAAAUUUACUUCAUUUUCUGCAAGGAAAUGGUAGAAAAUGUAAUAUACAUCAAUUAGUUGAUGUUUCUGCACAAAUAGCUUUUGGAAUGAGUUAUUUGGAAGAAAAGAAUUUCAUUCAUAGAGAUUUGGCUGCAAGAAAUAUUUUAAUUUCACAUCCAUUUGUUGUUAAAAUUGCAGAUUUUGGUUUAGCUCGUUUAAUACGGGAAAAUGAAUAUGAGGCGCGAGAAGGGGCUAGAUUUCCAAUUAAAUGGACAGCACCAGAAGCAGCUACUCACAAUAAAUUCACUGUUAAAUCGGAUGUUUGGUCUUUUGGUAUUUUGUUAACAGAAUUAGUCACUUUUGGCCGUAUUCCAUAUCCUGGAAUGAGCAAUACGGAAGUUUUGCAUAAAGUAGAGGAAGGAUAUAGAAUGCCUAUACCUCCAAACUGUCCAGCAAUUUUAUAUGAAAUUAUGCUACAAUGUUGGCAUAAAGAUCCAGAAAAAAGGCCAACAUUUGAAACAUUACAUUGGAAAUUGGAUGAAUUAUUUACUUGUGAUGGGUCGGAAUAUAAAGAAGCCGUUAUGAGCUAUUAA